UUUUUUGCAGCAGUGACAGUUGUUGUUGGGAGAGGAUUGUCAGGAGCUGCUGCUGUUACAGCUACACUCAUCCUAAUGUGUGCUCUUUCUGCUGUCAUUGUGUAAGGAUUGCAGCCUGCUGCUGGCACUCUGAGUGGGGUUUGUCCCGGGCACUGCCACGAUGUUUCUGGUGUGUGUUGCUGUGUUUCUGACUGUCUGUGUGUAAACUCAGGGGCUCACUUUCUGUAAGGCAUCCUCCAAACCAGCCCCUGUGUCUCUAGAGUGCCAGGGUCUAUGACUGGUGCUAAACUUUCAGCACUGAGUUUCCCAGCCAAGCUCUAGCCUGGCUCUGACUAUGCCCACAUCAGGGUCUGUCCUUUUGUCUUAAGUCUGCUCUCUCAUUCUACCAUCCUGUGCCUGAUGAUGUGGAUUUAAUGCUUUGUCUCAGCUAGUCCCUGAUGCAGUUGGUUUAGCUAGAAGGGCCCCUGGGCCCCCUCCCAGGUACUUGUGUUUAGUGUGUGUUCUGUACCUAGAGUGGGUUUACCUGUGUAGGUCCUGCUGGCUGACUCUAAAUUACCCCAGCCCUGUCUGUAUGUGUCUGUCCCUCUGUGUCUCUGCCUCAUGGACCAGUGUGUCUGCGUGGAACGGGAGCUGGAGAAAGUGCUGCACAAGUUCCUAAUGUAUGGCCAGCACUGCGACCGCAGCUUGGAGGAACUGGUACAAUAUGUCAGCAGCCUCCGACAGGAGUUAUCCAGUGCAGGCUGCCUUGAUGCCCAGUUGUCAGCAACACUGUUGCUGGUCAUGUCCCAGUGCUGUAAGAAGAUAAAGGAUACAGUCCAGAAACUGGCCUCCGAUCACAAAGAUAUUCACGGCAGUGUCUCCAAAGUGGGAAAAGCUAUCGACAGGAACUUCGACACUGAUGCGAGUGCUGUGGGCGUAGACGGUGUCUGGGAUUCCAGUGAAAAGCAGCAGUCCUUGAGUGAGGCUGUAGUUGAACAUUUGUACCAACAGGGGUUGUUGAAUGUUGCUGAAGAACUGUGCCAGGAAUCUGGAAUAUGUAUUGAUCUCCGUCAGAAGGAGCCCUUUCUGGAAUUGAACAGGAUUCUCGAGGCACUACGAAUGCGAGACUUAAGGCCAGCAUUGGAGUGAGUCACUUCCUCGAUUCCAAUUUCCUCAUUUUAUCCCUUCCUCUGCCUGACCCCACUUUGGUAAGGUGACCGGGUCUACUGAGACCCUGACACUACCCACAGUGUUGUAUAACUCCAACCCUUCUCACUGAUGCUCUGAGCAUUUUGAUUUAUUGGCGAUACCCCACUUACUCCCAAUCAUGUGUGGAUUUUGAUAUAAACUUCAUUCAUUGAUGCUGGCUUUAAAAAGAGUAGCGUCACCGGUAGGCAGGGUAGUGAAGAAGGCAUUUAGCACAUUUGCCUUCAUUGGUCAGAGCAUUGAGUACAGAAGU